UUUCAAUGUUUUUCUGUUCGCUCGUUGUCAGCUGUCAGCACAGACUACAUACUAUGGUUGUCAGUGAGUAAGUGGUCAACAAAUCUAUUUUGAUUAGAUCCGUGACGAUUUACUCAAGAUUUAAGUUGCUAAUUAAGUAUAGCUGUGAAGUAAAAUGGGUGCUAAAGUUUUCAAGUUGAAGUGCGACCGGAACAGAUCGCAUACCGCGGAGUUCACCAUGUAAAACAAUGAGUUAAAAGUGCGAAACUGUUUUAGUUUGUAGGUUUUACGUUUCCCUUGUUAAUUUUGGAUUUAUGAUUAAAUUUACAUGACGGUAAAACAUCCUAAUUUUACUGGUUUAUGUUCUUCACCGACAAUAAGUACGAGUAUGACCAUGGCACAAGACAGGGUGACAAGGAAGUGGGAAAUAUUUCAAGGAAGGAAUAGGUUUUACUGUGGAGGUCGAUUUAUGACGGCUCCAAAAGCGGGAGUAUUCCUGCUAACGGUUUUUUUGAUCACCGGAACUUCAACUGUUUUUUUUAUUUUUGAUUGUAAAUACCUGGCGGAAAAUGUAACCAUAGCCAUACCAAUAAUUGGGGUAUUUUUAUUUGUUUUCACAAUGUCUUCCUUGCUGAGAACAAGCUUAUCCGAUCCCGGAAUUAUUCCAAGAGCUACUUCUGAAGAAGCUGCCUAUGUUGAAAAGCAAAUAGAAGUAACCAAUUCAGCAAAUAGUCCCACAUACAGACCCCCUCCCAGAACGAAAGAAGUCCUAGUGAAAGGACAGACAAUCAAAUUAAAGUAUUGUUUUACUUGCAAGCUGUUCAGGCCGCCAAGGGCUUCACACUGCAGCAUUUGUGAUAACUGUGUAGAUAGGUUUGAUCACCAUUGCCCAUGGGUCGGAAAUUGCGUUGGUAGAAGAAAUUAUCGAUUUUUCUACAUGUUUAUAGUGUCCCUAGCUUUCCUAGCGGUGUUUAUAUUUGCCUGUGCUGUUGCCCAUCUAAUUUUAAUUACUAGAGAUGGGAAAUUUUUUGAAGCAGUUAAAGAGUCCCCUGCAAGCGCCGUGGUGGCGGUGAUUUGUUUUUUCAGCGUGUGGAGCAUACUGGGUUUAGCGGGGUUUCACACAUACUUGACCACCAGCAACCAAACCACCAACGAAGAUAUCAAAGGGUCAUUUACGAGCAAGCGAGGCCAGGACAGCUUCAAUCCCUACUCUCAAGGAAAUGUCUGCUUGAAUUGUUUUCAUAUUUUAUGUGGACCAAUUGCUCCUUCACUCAUUGACAGACGGGGAAUCGUCACAAACAGCUAUAGGUCUGAACUAAGUCAACCUAUCACAUUAGAGCCGAAUAUGCCGUUGGGGAAUUAUGGAUUAAAGGCACAGACUGGACCAGUUCACAUAACAACUAACACAGCAGAUCUAUCGGGAAUUUACCGACAGGCUACAGAAUCUACAGAAAGUAAUGCAGGAAGCGUGACCCAUUUGGUGUCCAGCGAGCAUCCGCUGGCAAUCGCGCCUGCACUGCAGCGGCUUCCAGAAGACUUUUCAAGCCACUACAAGAGUCAUCCCAGCUUGGACCAGUCGCCUGUUUACAACAACAUAUUGCCCGGAAACAGCCACCAGUUAAGCAAGUCACACAGCUACGGGGAAAACAUCAACUCGAUAGUGGCUGGUACCUGUAACUCCAUAGAGAGACCUGCCAACAGGAAAAUCAACAUGGCAGAGGAUCUAUGUUUAGAUCAAGUUGUGGUCCGGGAUAAUCACAUUCUAGACCGGAUAAAAUACGCGGACCUUAAGCUAGAUAACGACAGGACCGUACCAGACAAGGAAAACAGUUUGAUGAGUGCUAGCAGAUUGAGGCUGUUGCAAGAUACUACAAUGAUCGAGAGUGCCUUAGAUUUGGACUCGCUUGAGGAAUCAAGUGUUGGCGCCAACAGUCAGGCAGAUUUGAUGAAGGUUAUGGUUUAGAAGUAUUUGGAGUCAAGUACAUCAAGUGUUAGUAGGAACAAUGUAUAGCUGCGUACUGAAACCCAUCCCCCAUACAUUUUGCUUGUUCCUUAAUUUUACCUUUCAGGUACGUACAUACUCGGACAUAUACAGAUAAGAGAAGAUAUUUAUUUUUGUAUAGUAGAAUAUGUAAAUGUGAAAAUAGUUUUAUUUAAAUAGUACAUUUUUUCGUUUUAUGAAGAUGCUGCAAAGUCUAGUAAAAGCCUAAAAUUAGGUUUGCUUUUAAUUUGUUUAACUACAAGUACUGUUAAACAUUUAUUUUGAAAAUGUGGAUAAUUCUGAAGUAAAUACUAUUUGAUAGUUAGCAGGGUAUUUUGAACGUAUUUCAGCCCAAGCCGAUGUUUCAGCUAUUUGCUAAUUAUUUAUAAACUAUUGGUAAACACUGAAUUCAUGAGACGAAUUUGUUUUUGUCCUUUGCGGUACCGAAACAUUCUCUAUUUGUGAGUAAAAUUUACGCAGUUUACGUUAAAAAGUGAUUUUAUUUUUUCUGGUACCCUGUAUAAUGCUGGUUUAUGAAAUAUUAGAAUGCUCGAAACAUAAUUUUUUUCAAUUUCAAUGAUUUCUUGGAUGGAUAUAUAUCGCUGUCCUGUACCUUUCACAUUGCUAUGAACAAACACGUAAGUUUAAGAUAUUUCACGUCUUUAAUUAUCAACUACGUAUUUUCGUCAUUUCUUCUUUUCAAAUUUUAUUAUGACUGAUUUUUGUUAACUCAGAUUGUUAAGCAGUUAUUGAAGAAGUCUUUACAGCUUCGAUCCAUGUAUAUGUAUAAUACUAGGCUAUUUAUUACAAAUAAUAUUGUCUUAAUUUAUUACAAAAGAUUUCUUUUUUAUUGUAAAACGACGUCGUAGAUUGUUGCUGAACAAUUUCCCGAUCAACCAGUUACAUGACGUCAGUGUUUUUUUGAUAUUUAAAUUGCCUUCUAAAUAAAUUGAAUUUUUCAUAAAA